AUGGCGCUGGCGCGCAGCCUCCGGCGCUGCGCCGAGAAGGCACCGGAUGUGUUCGUGAACUUCGGCAUCGAGCAGCAGUUCCGCUUCGUCAGCCAUCCCGGCGUGAUGGCUGUGUCAAAGCUACUUGAGAUGAGGACCAUUACCCAGAUGCGCGCCACCUUCACCCAGGAGAACGUCGACAAGAUGAAGGCGUUCGACCCCGAGCUGGCAAGGAAGGCGCAGAUCGCCCUUGACAACAAGCUCCCCGUCAACUUCCAGCAGCUGGAGCUCAUCGAGGAGACCCUGCCCCGACUGUUGGAGGAGAAGGGGCAGCUGGCGGCCACGCGCGCCGAGGUGGCGAAGAUCGCCAGCGGCGGCCCCUACGCGCUCCCCAAGAGCGUGGACAUAUCGGCCUGCAGGCCCGUGCCCGGCCAGAAGGACGUCGAGGGCACCCUCAUGGAGCUGCCGGAGAAGCUCUACCCGGGCAUGGCGCAGCAGAUCCGCGACGGCAAGGCGAUCGCUGGGAACUUCUCCGCGCUGCACCAGGACGCCCUCUACGACAAGAAGGAGAUCGCCCGGGCCCAGGCCGAGAUCGCCGCCACCAAGAACGCCAAGCAGGUGAAGCAGUGA